GGAACACUUUCUCCCGGAUAUGGAUCUACAUUUGUGUUGGCAGAGUGAGAAUUCAGACCAAGUUUUUUUUCCCUCAGCAAAUAGCAUAUCUUAAUGUAAGACGACGCUUCGUAGCAUUUAAAGCAUUCAGCGUCCAGUACAGAAAAAAAAAAACAAAUUGUUUAGAGAUGGUGUCGGAAAAAUCUAGAGUUGUCUUCUCAAUGGACAAGGUCUGUCUGCUGGUGAUUGUUUCUUGUGCUUUGUUAAAUGGAGCAAUCAGCAGUCCAAGCCCUCCUUUGGGCAAAAAGCCGAGUCAGUGCUCAAAAGAACUUCCAGAUUCUUGCGCCCUGUGCGGCAGAUAUAUCAAUGUUGUGUUGAAAGCCAAAAAUGUUCUCAAUGGCUCGAACUUCAACAUUGAGGCCAAACUAUCCGGAGUAAGGAAACAGCCUCUCUUGUAUUUUCUGGAACAGGCUGGAACCAUCUCUCCAGGCUUCAAUAAAUUCAAGUCGACUUACUAUAAGGGACUUGGCUAUUUCAUCGAUAGCAUCAAUGGUGUGGAAGGUUCUGUGGCUUCAAAGACAUUUUGGCACAUUCUUAGUGGCAAUAAGGCCCUCGAAUGCGGUGUAUCCAGCUACGUACCUGAAGAUGGUGAAACAAUACUGUUCAAUUUUACCACUUACAAAGCCGCUGGCUACGAAUAGCUGACAUGCAAGCCGGCCAGACAAGAUUUGAAAAUUCUUUUAUUUCUUCUACACAUUUUCCAAAUUACUCAUUAGCUUUAAAUUUGUUUUUAUAUUUUGAUAUAAAUACUGGUAUUUGAGAAUUAUAUAUUCCUGCUAUAAUUUUGUACUGUUCUUUAAGAUUUUUUUAAAAUUCUGAAAUGGUAUAAAUUUAAUUAGUUAUAUUUAUAUAGGCCUAUAUUUAUAUUUAUACAUAUAUUUGACAAACAAAAUUAAAAAAAUACUUUAAAAAAAGAAA